AAACCCCCACAUUUUCCUAUUCUCACUGUGGUAUUAAAAAGAAAUUUCCAGUAAUUAUUAUGACCUUUUAUUGUAAAUUUCUGUGACUCCAGUAAAUUGCAUUUUAAGUGGUUUGCAGAACAGUGCCAACACCUGUAUUUUAAAAUUUAAACAAUUCGUCCUCCUUUUAUUGCUAAUGGCUGUAGUAUAGGCAGUUCACUACCUUGUUUAAAUAGAUUUCAAGUAACUUGUAAUUGCUAAUCAUUUUAGCAGGUGGCAGGAGGUUAGCAAUCAAUAUCACAUGAAAGUGUUGCAAAAAAGGGUCAGGAAUCAAUAGAACAUUCUUCUUCCCACAGAAACACAGCCUACUCAGAUGGUUGUCCUCAUUGUACUUCUUGUAGAUUCAGAGGCACAUUUCUUAUGGAAAAAUCGACAAAUUAGGGAAAUAGACAAAAUGUCACCAACAUCAUGACAGAGAUGCCAUGUGUUAUCAAGAACAUAUUCUGAGAGAUGGAGGAGAGGGCAUAUAAUUUUGUACAGAGACUAAGGCUCCAAAAUAAAGUUCUUAUCUUUAAUCAAUUGUGUGGUUUGUCACUGAUCUGCUUUCUUUUGCCUGUAUUUUUUAAAUGUGUUAUACAUACAAUCAGCUCAGUAUGUAGAAUUCUAUGAGGUGGUUAAAGACAUAUGCUCAAAUAGAACAUGUAGAAUUUUAUCAGGCUGAGACAAAAUAAUACCUCAAUAAAUGUCAGCUUCACGUUUGUUUCUUAGGCAUUAAAACAUUUUAACUACUGAUAAUGAUAAUGUAAGUUAUUUCACGAAAAAAUACAAAAAUAUUUACUGUUGUUUUACAUACAAUAGAUUUUCAUAUAUAUUGUCUUCCCUCCCUUGUUAGCUAGAAAGUAGACUUGCAUUUAUUACACAGUUCAUUACCAUGUCUACAGAUACAUGUGUUCCUGCACUUUUCAUAAAUGUUCAUUGUUUAACAUUAAAAUAUUCUGCAAACCUUUUAAAGUCAUUAAAGUACUUUUGAAGUAAAGCAUAAGAAGAGAUUCAAGAAAGAAAAGAAUCUCUUUCUUGUUUGUGCCUUUAAUUGUUUUCUGGGGAGAGAUUAUAAGAACCAGAUUUCCUCUGUGUACCUGUUUGGGAGGAGAGGACCUAGGAAUAGCAGUCCUAGAAAUUUAGAGAGGGGUUAAGGUUGGACUUCGGCUAAACCCCAUGAGUAAGCUCUAGAGAAAAAUAAAUUUAGAAAUGAGAAAAGUGAUUUAAAAAAAAAAAAAAAGGCAGCAUGCACAUCACCUCAGUGGGUGAUCUCUAGCAAUCUCCUCUUUGCUCAUGAAAAUACUAAAAACAAAACAAAAUCCCUCAAUUCUUGUAAACUAAGGAGGAAAAAAUAAAAGACAACCAAAAAGGAAAUUCUCUAUUUUUGCACUUUGGAGCCUGCUGCGUGUGGGUCCCGCUUGCCGCCUACCCUUGACUCCCUUGGGGGAGUCUUUCUUGGGAAUUAAAUUGGCCCUCCCCGCAGUCGUCAGAGCACUCAUUUCCAGAAAGUGUAAUCAGGUGUGGCUGGGACAGAGAGAAAGGGUUGCCACUCAACUGUUGCAGAAGCGCGAAGCCGAGCAGGCAUCUGCUGAGACGCGGUCAGAGACCAUCGACUCACCCCCAGGGCUUUUGGAAACAAAGAGGAAUCAAGCAGAACCUUAAGUCUCCUCAAGCUCAGUAAUCGCUAGCUAAGGACAAUUCCGCGUGGACGCCACUCUCUGUUUUACAAACGGACUCUCCAGUCCCAGGGUCGUGACCAACCAAGCCUCCGUGAGGAACUAGCUGGUAAUCACCGCGUCGCAGUGACAAGCAAGUUUUGUUUGCACUUUCAGAGACACACAAAAAAAUAGCAUGGCAUGAAACAUGGCUCAGUUCUAUUACAAAAGAAAUGUUAACGCCCCCUACAGAGACCGCAUCCCUCUCAGGAUAGUCCGAGCAGAAUCGGAACUCUCACCAUCGGAGAAAGCCUACUUAAAUGCUGUGGAAAAGGGAGAUUACGCGAGUGUCAAGAAAUCCCUAGAGGAAGCUGAAAUUUACUUCAAGAUCAAUAUUAAUUGCAUUGAUCCUCUUGGAAGAACGGCUCUCCUCAUUGCAAUCGAAAACGAGAACCUGGAGCUCAUUGAACUUCUCUUAAGCUUUAACGUCUAUGUUGGAGAUGCUCUGUUACACGCUAUCAGGAAGGAAGUCGUCGGAGCUGUCGAGCUGCUAUUGAACCACAAAAAGCCCAGUGGAGAGAAACAGGUGCCUCCCAUACUCCUUGACAAGCAGUUCUCUGAAUUCACUCCAGACAUUACACCCAUCAUUUUGGCAGCCCAUACAAAUAAUUACGAGAUAAUAAAACUUUUAGUUCAGAAGGGUGUCUCGGUGCCCAGACCCCACGAGGUGCGCUGUAACUGCGUCGAAUGUGUGUCCAGCUCAGACGUGGACAGCCUCCGCCACUCCCGCUCCAGACUCAACAUCUACAAGGCCCUGGCCAGCCCCUCGCUCAUCGCCUUGUCCAGCGAAGACCCUUUUCUCACGGCCUUUCAGCUAAGUUGGGAGCUCCAAGAACUGAGUAAGGUGGAAAAUGAAUUCAAGUCGGAGUAUGAGGAGCUGUCACGACAGUGCAAACAGUUCGCGAAGGACCUGCUGGAUCAGACGAGAAGUUCCCGAGAGCUGGAAAUCAUUCUCAAUUACCGGGAUGACAACAGUCUCAUCGAAGAGCAAAGUGGAAAUGAUCUCGCGAGACUCAAAUUGGCCAUUAAGUACCGUCAAAAAGAGUUCGUCGCUCAGCCCAACUGUCAACAGCUGCUGGCGUCCCGCUGGUACGAUGAGUUUCCCGGCUGGAGGAGGAGACACUGGGCCGUGAAGAUGGUGACGUGUUUCAUAAUAGGACUUCUUUUCCCCGUCUUCUCUGUGUGCUACCUUAUAGCUCCCAAAAGCCCCCUGGGACUGUUCAUCCGAAAGCCUUUUAUCAAGUUCAUCUGCCACACGGCGUCCUAUCUGACUUUUCUGUUCCUGCUGCUGCUUGCCUCUCAGCACAUCGACAGGUCAGACUUGAACAGGCAAGGCCCACCACCAACCAUCGUCGAGUGGAUGAUAUUACCGUGGGUCCUGGGUUUUAUAUGGGGAGAAAUUAAACAAAUGUGGGAUGGUGGACUUCAAGAUUACAUCCAUGAUUGGUGGAAUCUAAUGGAUUUUGUGAUGAACUCCUUAUAUUUAGCAACAAUCUCCUUGAAAAUCGUUGCAUUUGUAAAGUACAGUGCUCUUAACCCACGAGAAUCCUGGGACAUGUGGCAUCCCACGCUGGUGGCCGAAGCUUUAUUUGCUAUCGCAAACAUAUUCAGUUCCCUGCGCCUGAUCUCACUGUUCACGGCCAAUUCUCACCUGGGGCCUCUGCAGAUAUCUCUGGGAAGGAUGCUCCUGGACAUUCUCAAGUUUCUAUUCAUCUACUGCCUCGUGCUGCUAGCAUUUGCAAAUGGCCUAAAUCAGCUGUACUUCUAUUAUGAAGAAACAAAAGGGUUAAGCUGCAAAGGCAUACGAUGUGAAAAGCAGAAUAAUGCAUUUUCAACGUUAUUUGAGACACUCCAGUCCCUGUUUUGGUCAAUAUUUGGGCUCAUCAACUUAUAUGUGACCAAUGUCAAGGCACAGCAUGAAUUCACUGAGUUUGUUGGUGCCACCAUGUUUGGGACAUACAAUGUCAUCUCUCUGGUUGUCCUACUCAACAUGUUAAUAGCUAUGAUGAAUAAUUCUUACCAACUUAUUGCUGAUCAUGCAGACAUAGAAUGGAAAUUUGCUCGAACAAAGCUUUGGAUGAGUUAUUUUGAAGAAGGCGGUACCUUGCCUACUCCCUUCAAUGUCAUUCCGAGCCCCAAGUCUCUCUGGUACCUGAUCAAAUGGAUAUGGACACACUUGUGCAAGAAAAAGAUGAGAAGAAAGCCGGAAAGCUUUGGAACAAUUGGGAGGCGAGCUGCUGAUAAUCUGAGAAGACACCACCAAUAUCAAGAAGUCAUGAGGAACCUGGUCAAGCGAUAUGUGGCCGCUAUGAUCAGAGACGCCAAAACUGAAGAAGGCCUGACUGAGGAGAACUUUAAGGAACUGAAGCAGGACAUUUCGAGCUUCCGCUUUGAAGUCCUGGGGUUGCUGAGAGGUAGCAAGCUUUCUACUGUACAGUCUGCUCAGGGCACAAAGGAGUCCUCUAACUCAGUGGACUCGGAUGAAAAGAGUGAUAACGAAGGCGGCAGCAAGGACAGGAAAAAGAACUUCAGCCUUUUCGACUUGACCACCCUGAUUCACCCGCGAUCUGCAGCUAUUGCUUCCGAGAGACAUAACAUCAGCAACGGGUCUGCCCUGUUGAUGCAGGAACCCCCGAGGGAGAAGCAGAGGAAAGUGAAUUUUGUGACCGAUAUCAAACACUUCAGCUUAUUUCACAGACGAUCAAAACAACAUGCUGCUGAGCAAAAUGCAAACCAAAUCUUCUCUGUUUCAGAAGAGGUGGCUCGUCAGCAAGCUGAAGGACCCCUGGAGAGAAACGUCCAAUUGGAAUCUCGAGGAUUAGCUUCAAGGGGUGACUUGAACAUCCCGGGUCUCAGCGAACAAUGUAUAUUAGUAGAUCAUCGGGAAAGAAAUACAGACUCCCUGAGUUUACAAGUGGGCAAGAGAGUGUGCGCCUUCAAGUCGGAGAAGGUGGUGGUGGAGGACACUGUUCCAAUCAUACCAAAGGAGAAACAUACAAAGGAAGAGGACUCUAGUCUAGACUAUGAUGCAAACCUCUCAGACACGGUCACCCACGAAGAUUACGUGACCACAAGACUGUGAUGCUGGAAGGAGGAAGUGUUUAGCAUCCAUAACACACAUUUUCUGUAGUGCUCUGGGUGGGGGGAGAUGUUUAAACGUUGAUUAGCCAAUGCUAACUUACACUUUAUAGCAUUUAUCACCUGUGGCAUAUUAACCUGUAACAUUUAAAUAAGGCAAAAGCUAUCAAAAACCCUUGUUUUGUAGCCUGCUUUUGCUUUCACAAUUUGUUUCACAAUUUUUUCUGUUGUCAUUGUAAAGAAAUAAAUGCACCUUGUAUUCUUGUAUUGUU